GCUGCAUGGCAAGCAAUACCUAAGCGAUAUCCAAAACGUUUCAAUAUAAAGAAAAAUUCAAACAGGUUUUGGAAUAUUUCCACAUAUUCUUAUGGUCAGGGAACACAUUCAUUGAGUAGCAAUGAACGUGGACAUAUCCCUUCACCAUAAAUUUGCACUUAGUCAUUGAAAAUAUUGGAGUUUUUUCCUGGUUAGUUGAAAGACAAACAUGGAGAGAAUGAAGAGAUAUGGAAUAAUAGGAGUGGGAAUGAUGGGCAGAGAACACAUGCUAAACUUGGCACAGUUGGAUGGAGCAUCGGUUGUCGGUAUUGCUGAUCCUCAUUUGCCAUCCCAACAAGCUGCCAUAAGCAUAGCUUCUGCAAAUAAUUGGCCUCUCAAGGUAUUUUCGAGUCACUAUGAACUUCUGGACAGUGAGUUAUGUGACAUACUGGUGGUUUCAACACCCAAUAUGACACAUUAUGAAAUACUCAUGGACAUUCUAAGACACCCAAAGCCUCAUCACAUUCUUGUAGAAAAGCCUCUGUGCACUAAGGUGGAGCAUUGCAAAAAUGUCAUAAUAGCAGCCAUGGAAAGGCCAGAUAUACUAGUACAAGUUGGAUUGGAAUAUAGGUACAUGCCGCCUGUAGCUAAGUUGAUCAAGGAAGUCCAAAGUGGGGUGCUUGGGCGAGUUUGGAUGGUUGCAAUCAGAGAGCAUCGAUUUCCUUUUCUUGUCAAGGUUCACAAUUGGAACAGGUUCAAUGUAAAUACAGGGGGCACCUUAGUAGAGAAGUGCUGCCACUUCUUUGACCUUAUGAAUCUGAUUAUUGCAGCAAAUCCUGUACGAGUAAUGGCCUCUGGUUCACAUGAUGUUAAUCAUAAGGAUGAAGAAUAUGAUGGCAAGGUUCCAGAUAUUCUCGACAAUGCAUAUGUAAUAGUCGAAUACGACAAUGGAUCCCGUGCAAUGCUUGACCUUUGUAUGUUUGCUGAGGGUGGUAAAAAUGAACAGGAGAUUUGUGCAGUCGGUGACAUUGGGAAGGCUGAGGCUUUUGUGCCAGAGAGUAUUGUGCGUAUUGGUACCCGGAAUGGUGGACGAGCAGGAAUCAAAACUAUGGAGGUCCAUGACGACAGAGUAAAGUACAUGGGACUUCAUCAUGGUUCCAGUUAUUUGGAACACCUUGAAUUUCUAGCUGCUGUUAGGAAAAAAGGCAACAAAGUAUCUACUCUCAGCUUGCAAGAAGGUCUGCUAUCUGUAGCUAUUGGUGUGGCGGCUCAGCUAUCCAUCGAAACAGGCAGAUUUGUCACAAUAAAGGAAAUUCUUGAAGAAAAAGGCCAUUGAUUUCUUCUGAAGAAGUGCAUCUUAUAUUACAGCAUGUAACAAAUGAAUAAGGAAAACCUGUCCUUUCGAAACCACUCAAUAUUAGCUUGCGUAAUAAAAGCCAGGCAUUGUUUAAAAAAUACAACUUCACUAAAAUAAGUGUAUAGGAUAAUACCGAAAGGUACUUGUCUGAAAGGUCACAAUUCCUGAUAUUGAUUAGGGAGAUCUUCCUGAAAAGUAGCUUUGCAUCAAAGGGAAUUAAUCACUCUCAACAGAAUUGUAUGCCACCAUCCAAGAAUCCCCUAGAAGAGGCCCUAAACAAGAGAACAGGCCAGUAAAGAGAAAAUUGAACAAAGCUUAUAACCAUUCCCAAAACGCUCUAGCUGGCUAAUACUUCUAGGAGAUAUGAAGAGGCACUGCUAGAACAUUUAUGAUAUUCUCUGUCUUGCUUCAUUAUGGUUAAAUAUAAAAAUCAAUCAUUUUAAUCCCAGCAA